GUAGAGCUUGCCACUCUAUAUAAAGACAAUGAACUAUGCUCAUUAUUAUCAUAUCACUAUACUUAUCAACUAUAGCACAAAAUGGUCCACAAUAAGCUUACAGUAGUGGUGACAGCUGUGGUUGCAUUGAUGUUGGCGGCAGCUCCUGCCCGAGUGGACGCUGCGGCCAACAUAACGUGCGAGCAAGUGACAAACUGGCUGACACCGUGCAUAAGCUAUGGCGUGUUCGGGGGAACGGUGGCGCCGGAGUGCUGCCAAGGCAUUAAAGAUCUGAAUGCUGCUUACUAUACAAAAGAUGAUAUAAGGGCAGCUUGUAGUUGCAUCCAGCAAGGCGCAGCUAUGAUCCCCGGCAUCGACUAUGAUCGGAUCAACAAUAUUGCUACCUUAUGCGGCACUUCUUGCCCUUAUAAAGUCUAUCCUUCCACCGAUUGCUCUAAGGUGGUUUGAAUUUGCUGUCGUUUUUUCGGUUCGAGAGUUCAAUCAAAUCUCUCGUCCCUCUUCAAUGAAAAGUGAUCAGAAAGUUGCAUAAUUAUAUAAAUAUACAUGUAACGUAUAUUAUGUUUUGAAGAACAAGUUGUUCUUAUAUUUUUAGAUUUCUGUUUUGAUUCAAAGUUAAUAAAUAAAACAGUUAUCAUUGUGGGCAAAGAUGGCAAGGUACAAUAUAUACUCCUAUAUAUAUGUAUGAACAUGUACGAAUGAAAUAAAAAAUUACUUUUGCGAUUGCGA